AUGUUCUCAUUUACAAAUAAUCAAGGUUUUUUCCCAGGAGGUUGGGGCGUCGGAGCUGCCGACCUUCCUCCCACUAAUCAAAAGUUCCAGCAGUUUUUCCGGUGCUAUCCCAUAGCAAUGAUGCCCGGGAACCCGCGCGACGAACUCAAUUAUGGCGGUAAAAUCAUCCUACCGCCUUCAUCUCUCAACAAGCUUACCCGUUUGCACAUCUCAUACCCGAUGCUCUUUGCACUCGAAUCUGCCGAGUCUGGUCUUGUCACCCAUGGAGGCGUCCUCGAGUUCAUUGCGCAAGAAGGACUUGUUUACUUGCCCCAGUGGAUGAUGGACGCGCUGGCCGUGGCCCCGGGGUCUCUUGUCAAAGUUACAAAUACGUCCCUUAAUCUCGGUACGUUUGUCAAAUUGGAGCCCCAGUCUACAGACUUUUUGGAGAUUACUGAUCCCAAGGCCGUUUUGGAAAACGCACUUCGCAACUACUCUACACUAACCACCGACGAUGUUUUCCAAAUCUCUUAUAAUGAAAAAAUCUACGGUAUCCGCGUCGUAGAAGUUAAACCAGACUCUCCAUCACACAGCAUUUCCGUGGUGGAAACCGAUCUCGAAGUUGAUUUUGCUCCUCCCGUGGGCUAUGUUGAGCCCGUACCUGACUCUCGACCUGGAUCAGUAAUCAGUGCUGGUGGCAACAAGGCUGGGAACAAUACCCCUGGCAGCACCAGCAGUGGAUAUGCAACCCCUACACCUCUUGGCCAAAUGGCCCGUGAUAUCAACUAUGAAGAGAUUCUACGGAAAGAACUUGCAAAGAGUAAGAUUAACAGCUUCCAAGGUAGUGGCCACAAGCUAGCUGCAGGACGCUCUCUCGGUGAUCGUAAGGGUAAAGGUGUCACAAAGAAUACCAGUAAAGACGAUGAAAAGCAACAAGAUCAUGAAAACGAUGAGGAGAUCUCGGCAAAGCUACUUUCAGAGCUUCCUGCUACAGAUGCAGGCCCUCUCACACUACCAUUUGGCCAGCUGUUCUUUGGGUACCCAGUCGUUCCACUUAAGGAUAUUGUUGUUGAGGAGGAAAUCGAGCGAAGUAAUAAUGCAGGAUCCGUUCAUCAUACAUUUUCUGGAUCAGGCCAGUCGCUGCGCAAGAGCAGGAAACGCAAAACACAAACGAGUGGCCAGGCUCCAUCUUCUAAAAAAAACAGUCCAUCACCUCCAGAAAUCAUUGAGCUGGAUUAG